GCAGCGGCCAUUACACUUUAGAGGUCAUCGUGAUUGGAUGCGGUCAUAGAAGUUUGGCUUCUCUCAUCGACCCUGAAGGAUGCCAUCAUCCACUCUGUCCUGCAAACCUUUUGAUCUAAAACAGCGGUCUUCCAGGCGUGGCCCAUCAUCAACAGCAUCAGCGUCACCCAGGAGCUGGAUUCUUUCCCAAAACCCAAAGGCCCAGUCCAGUCACGAGAAGACAUCAGGCAAACCCAAAUUCAGGGAAGUUCUACAAAACACUAACCAGUACUCUUCAAAGCUCUCAAGGUCAUGAAAUUUAAGAAAAGACUGAGACAGUGUCACAGUUCAGAAGAUACUAAGGAGAUAAGAUGACCAAAUGCAACGUGGCAUCUUGAAUUGGAUCCUGGAGAAUAAAAAUGCAGUGGGAAAUCCGGCGAAAUCAAAAUAAAGUCUGUAGUU